AUGAUUGUUCGCUUGUGGUUGUUGAUAAUCGCACUUGAGUCGUCGAUAGCCCUAAAACCUCCUCACUUGGACGUCUUUUAUAAUCCACCAGAGGGAUACGAAAGCACUCGAUUGGGGGAGAUACUAAGGGUUAGACAGCCGCCCGCUCCAAUUCGUACCUACCUAGCACCGGUUAAUGCUAUAUCAUGGCAACUUCUCAUACGAUCUGAAGACUCCUUUGGCAAUCCAAACGCAAUUUCAGCAACAAUACUUGAGCCCCCAGACUCAGACGCAGACUCUACUAAGAUAUUGGCGUAUCAAGCUUUUGAAAACUCAGCCAGUGGCGAUUGCCGUCCUUCGUACGCAAUUCUUUCUGGUUCAUUCCAAACAUUUCAAAUUCAAGCAGAGCUUGCAUACAUUUCAAUGGCGUUAUCUAAAGGAUGGUUUGUUCUAAUUGCUGACUACGAGGGUCCCCAGCUGUCAUUCCCCGUGGCCAAGAUAUCUGCAUUUUCAGUCAUGAAUGCCAUGAGAGCAGCUGGAACAUUCAUUGGCAAAGACGCUCGUUUCGCAAUGUUGGGUUACUCUGGUGGUGCAUUGGCCUCGGCGUGGACGGCAAUACUUCACCCGCAAUACGCGCCAGAGUUGAAGAUAGUUGGCGCUGCCUUGGGAGGCACUAUAGCCAAUAUUAGCGCAUUGGUUGAUACUGUUGAUGGUGGACCAUAUGCUGGACUAGUGGUGAAUAUUUUGAAUGGGAUGGGGAAUGAAUAUCCUCGGUUCAGACAUGUAAUUCACACAUAUGGGCUAAAUUUGAGAAAUUACUGCUUGGUGUCUGCAGCAAUCCACUACUUUGGAUCCAAAUUCAACGUUGACGUGUAUAGAAACUUUUCGCAAAACGGAAUCAUCCAAUAUUAUUUCAGCAAAAACAGCCUCUUGGGCAAAAAAGCACCAAGUAUGCCAAUUUUUAUAUUUCAUUCAACGUUGAAUGAAAUGUCGCCGAUAAGUGAAAUCUACAAAUUGGUCAAUCAGUGGUGUAAGCAAGGAGCCAAGCUAGAAUUUGCUGAAGAUUUAAGUUAUAAUCAUAUGGUGGAAGCAUUUGCGGGAGUGCCAGCGGCAUUGACAUGGUUGGAGGACAGAUUCGAGUUGAAAAAAGUGCCCGAUACAUGUGUCACUGAAAAGCGGGUCUCAAAUUUGAUGUAUCCUGGUAGUUCGUCCUUGAUCAAGCAUCACUUGAAAUAUUCCAUAUCACAAUUGGCAUCAAAAUUCAACAUAUUCGCAUGA